AUGUAUCCGUAUCAAGCUCCGGGUCUCUAUGGGAGGCCGCCCGAGUAUGCCGCCUAUCCUGGAGCUCCUCCCGGCAUGGCCCCCCCUCCAGGCAUGGUCGCCCCAGGAACAACGCCUCCCCCCGGGAUGCAACCCGCAACUGCCCAGCAGCCUGGUCGACCUGCCGGUUUCCCCCCGAACUUCCAACCGCCCCCGAACAUGCCCAACAUCAACUUCUCCGCCCCCGUAAUCCGCCUCGGCACCUCUGGCCCAUCCAAGUCCGCCACCCCGGAUACUGCCAGCAAAGAACGCGACGCCGGUGCGUCCGGCCGCCGGGCCGGCCUUGGCUCAUCGUCGAACCUCGAAACGCAGCGCCAGAAUGUCCGCGAUGCCAUGAUGCAGCUCCAGCCGCCGACGCGGGAGGAGAUUGUGCGCACCAUCUUCGUCGGAGGGAUCACUGAAGGUGUCGGCGGUGACGAGGGCAUUGAGCGCAUCCUUCGUUCCGCGGGUAACCUCCGGCGCUGGAUCCGGGCUACCGAUGCCGAUGAUAAACCGUGCAAAUUCGGUUUCGCUGAGUACGAGGACCCUGACAGUCUAGGUACUGCUGUGGAAGUGCUAAAGGACAUCGAAGUGCCUUUGAAGAGACAAGUCCCGUCGGAUGGGGGUGAACAGGCGGAUACCGAGGUGGAGAAGAGUACGCUACUGGUCGUCGUGGACGAAAGCUCGUUGAAGUACCUGGAGCAGUACGAAUCGACGCAAGGCGAGCAGGACCCCGCCGAACGGCAGUCCCGCAUUGAUGCCGCUCGCACCAAGCUUUCCAACGUCUUAGAAGAGGAGAUUGAAUCGAUGGAGCGGGCGCGGAAUGCGGGUCCUCGUCACAGCCGGUUGGCCUCUCCUCCUCCAUCGGCUCCCAGUGGCCCUGCGGCGGGUGCGAAUGGAAUUCCUUUAGGCCCGCGGGACCGCAGUGCGCCAUCCGGCCCCAAGGGAUUCGGCGUACAGAUCCCCAAGGACUACCAGAAGGGCGUUUCGUUUGUGAACGGUGGCAGCAUUAAUGGCUCGUCAGCUGUCUAUAUCGAUCGUGAGGACGAAGAGUCCGAUGCCAGUGACGAAGAAUUGGAACGCCGACGUCGGGAGAAGCAGGAAGCCGAGCUGGAGAAGCAAUUCCUCGACCAGGAGCGACGCUGGUUGAACCGUGAGCGCAGUCGGACAGCCGCCCUGGAGCGCGAGAAGAAGCGAGACAAGGAAGAAGAGGCCAAACUGCAGGAGGUGCGUGAAGAGAUGGAUAAGCGGCUUCGGGAAUGGAACGAUGAUGUGGAAGCCAGCCGCAAGGUUGAUGACUACUAUGCCGACCGCGGCGCCUGGCUACGGAGUCGGGCGGCAUUCCGGGCGCGCGAGAUUAGCAUGGACGAAGCGGACCGUGCAGCUGAAGAGCGUGAACGGGCUCGUUCGGUACAGCAACGGGAGCAGGCACGCGGCAUGGCCGACGACUUCCUCGCACGCCAGGCCGAAGAGCUCGAAACGCGUCCUCAGGCGCCUCGGGAGCCCCAACGUUUCAAGCUUUCUCUCGGUGCGGCGGCUCAGAAGGCGCAAGCGGCGACGUCUCGCCGGACGGUGGCCGAAGUCGAAGGAUUGCUGGAAGACGAGGAGGAGCCCGAGGCGACGGCCCGCAAGCCCCUCAUCCCGAUCAAGUUCGACAGCGCGGCCGAGGCCGCUGGGCUCACCGAGGAGGAACGAGCUCAAGCGGCGCGACAGCUGGCGGCCGAGAUCCCCACCGAAAAAGAAGGCCUGUGGAAAUGGGAGGUCAAGUGGGAGUUUGUGGACGAGACGGUGGUCAGCGAGCAGCUCAAGCCGUUUGUCGAGAAGAAAAUUGUGGAGUAUCUGGGUGUGCAAGAGCAGAUGUUGGUGGACGUGGUGGAAGAGCAUGUUCGCAAGCAUGGACAUCCUCAGGAGCUGGUCGAGCAGCUGGAAGAGGCGCUGGACGAGGAAGCCGAGGUGUUGGUGCGGAAACUAUGGCGGAUGAUCAUCUUCUUUUCGGAAAGCGAGAAGCGCGGGCUGUCUGGGUAG